AUGCAGUUCUACGCAGAGCUGACGCACCCGCUGUCGUUUGCGAAGCUGGUGAAGAUGUUGAACGCGCUCCUUGACACCGUUAACAUCGACAUCAACGAGGAAGGACUCCACAUCCUCACGUUGGAUAUGCUCAAGCGCGUGAAGAAAUACGACCACUUGGUACUCUCGUUGGCCAACGACGAUCCCGACUGCCCGUUAACUGUGAUCGUCAACUCCAGCCAAGGCGACGUGGACAAGAAGAGUGUAUACCAGCUCUCGCAAAUGACACUGCUGAAUCACGAGCGCAUCCACAUCCCUGACCGACAGUAUCCCUGCGAAGUGCUUCUGCCUCCGCAAGUGCUGGCCGAUGCCUGCCUCGACCUCUACGGCCUGGGCCAAGAGCUGCGCGUCGAGGUUAAACGUGGAUCGGGAGUGAGCUUCUCAGUCGAGAACGCCCUCACGACCGCCAAGGUGAGCCUGAGAGAGACGAAAGGGAGCGAGACGGGCAUCUUGGCCAUCCACACGCAGCAGGACCACAGUGAACUCUUCGCGUUCAAGUUCUUUGCCGCCAUCGCCAAGGGAUGUGCAAGCCUCCCCGAUUGCGAGGCCCUGCUCCUGCAACUGGGUCCAGGAGCGCCGUUGAGCCUCCUAUGCCAGCUGACCAACACGGGCCACCUCAACUUCUUCCUCGCGCCACUCAUUCCAGGUGAUGACUAG